UAAACGCGGACGCAGUCGAGGUGGAGGAAUAUGAGCUGGGCUCGGAUGUCGAGCCGGAACAGUACUCGGCGGCUACGCUCAAGCUGACCUCUCGCGGCCGACACCAGCACCAACAGCAGCAUCAGCAGCAGGGGGCCACAGGAUCGGGCCGAACGCGAAGAUCGCGUGAUGAAACGAAGAAAGAAAUACAAGAAGAUGAUGAAGCCACACUUAGAGAGCUGCUUAUUAGUCUGCAGAAGCAGGUGAGCGUGAUGAGUAUGAACUUGAGCGCCAAAUUGGAUGAGCUGCAACGCGGCGACCGGCACCUGGAGACUACGGUGGCCCUAUGCGAAAUCAGAAGCCAACUGCAGGAGCUGACCAAAUCAGUGGAGUCCUGUCAGUCGGAAGUUUCUGAAGUGAAAAGAGACAUGGUGGCUAUAAAGCAUGAGCUGGACACCGUUCAGCAGGUCAAGGAGGAAAUCGAGGAACUGCGUGAGUACGUCGAUCGUCUUGAAGAGCAUACGCACAGAAGGAAGUUGCGUCUGCUUGAACAGGGUUUGACCUUUUUUCUCACGUACGCGAUCCUGGCCGCGGUAUUGGGGAUGUUGCAAUUCGGCUACAACACCGGAGUGAUUAACGCGCCUCAAGGGAACAUCGAGUACUUCAUCAAGGACGUAUAUAGGUCGAGGUAUGGACAGGACAUUCCGGACGAUGCUGUCGAAGGACUCUAUUCUCUAGCCGUGUCCAUCUUCGCCAUUGGGGGGAUGGUGGGUGGUUUCUGCGGGGGAAUGGUUGCCAACAGAUUUGGAAGGUUUAAAAUAACAUGCUUUGAAUUAAGCUUCGUCUCUAAAUUUAUUUUGAUUUAUAGAAAAGGUGGUCUUCUUCUAAACAACGUUUUAGGAAUCGGCGGAGCCUGUUUGAUGUGGUUCACCAAAAUGGCUAAUGCCUAUGAAAUGCUCUUUGUCGGUAGAUUUAUAAUUGGUGUCAAUUGCGGUUUGAACACUUCUUUGGUGCCGAUGUACAUAUCGGAGAUAGCUCCGUUAAAUCUCAGGGGCGGAUUGGGGACGGUGAAUCAAUUGGCUGUUACGGUUGGUCUUCUUCUUUCCCAAGUGUUGGGCAUCAAGCAAAUAUUGGGUACAAACGAUGGAUGGCCUUUAUUACUUGGUUUGGCUGUAUGCCCGUCGAUGCUACAAUUGGUUCUUUUACCCAUUUGUCCGGAAAGUCCCCGGUAUUUACUUAUUACGAAGCAAUGGGAAGAAGAAGCGAGAAAAGCAUUGAGGAGGCUGAGAGCUAGCAAUCAAGUUGAGGAAGAUAUUGAGGAGAUGCGAGCGGAAGAAAGAGCGCAACAAUCGGAAUCGUCCAUCAGUAUGAUGCAACUUAUCUGCUCGAGAACUCUCAGGGCCCCACUCAUCAUCGGAAUAGUUAUGCAAUUAUCACAGCAACUUUCCGGUAUCAACGCGGUAUUUUAUUAUUCAACGAGCCUCUUCACCAGUUCCGGCCUAUCGGACGAAAGUGCCAAGUUUGCGACGAUCGGCAUCGGUGCCAUCAUGGUAGGGAUGACGCUGGUGUCCAUUCCGUUAAUGGAUAGGACAGGGAGGAGAACGCUGCUCCUCUACGGCCUUGGGGGAAUGUUUAUAUUCUCCAUUUUUAUAACAAUUUCGUUCCUGAUAAAGGAGAUGAUAGACUGGAUGUCGUACCUAUCCGUGGUGUCGACGUUGAGUUUUGUGGUAUUCUUCGCCGUGGGUCCCGGUUCCAUACCCUGGAUGAUCACUGCCGAACUGUUCUCGCAGGGUCCCCGACCUGCAGCUAUGUCCAUUGCUGUGCUGGUUAAUUGGAUGGCAAACUUCCUCGUUGGCAUUGGCUUCCCACACAUGAAGAAUUCGUUAGAAAAUUACACGUUUCUUCCCUUCAGCGUAUUAUUAGCAGCCUUUUGGAUCUUCACGUAUAAAAAAGUGCCCGAGACCAAGAAUAAAACUUUCGAGGAAAUUUUGGCCAUCUUUCGACACGGAAACGGCAGGGCUAGUUUCCGGGAUAGCCGUCUGUACGGGAGUAUGUUGAACUGCGUUAACGCUUUGGAGCAACACCUACCCGUUACGGAACAAGCGGGAUUGGUCGUCGCUGAAGAAAAAACACAACAAGAUUCGUUUCCCAAUCCGUUCGAGAGGCACUCUUACAAAGCCGUUUACAACUAUCGGAGGCAUUCUGCGUAUGCCAGCGUUUCAGCUGGUUCGGAACAUUCUUCAAGAGGUGGAGACAGCGGUAGCCGACCACCUCCGCCUCUACCACCACCAAGAUUUCCAAACAGCGCCGUUUGACAAUGGGAAGGAUUCAGCGCCGUAGCAACCUUAAAUCUUCUGCCGCUUCCAGGACCACUACUUGCUCUCGAGGACCAUCUUUUCGAGUUAAUCUCGCAGAGGAGUAAAGCGUGUGCCACCUUCCUUCGGCACAGUUUCAAGCGGCCAUACCGCAACUGACACUGCCCCCCAAAAAAAUAUAAGAAUAAAAAUAUUCACGAAAUUCUACGGACACUGUUAUUAUCAUCGUUGUCGUUCUCCAAAAGAUGGACGCUAUUAUUCUCUUUCACGCCAACAAUUUGACUGUUUUUACAAAGAAAAAGACAUUAAAAAUUUCGCCUUGUUUCAAAAAAAUAAAUAAUAAGAACUUUACCAACUCAAGAAAAAAGAAAGAAAUAAAUUAAAUAAUAAGUAUUUAUAAUCGAACUCAUUCUUCUUCCACGUUUGACUGUAGGAAAAAAAUCGGCCUUAGAAAUCGAAAAUCAAGUGUAUGUUUAAAUCAUUUUUAUUUAGUUUUUCGUUAUUAGUGAAAAAAUGCGGGGUUGGACAUUUUUGAUGCAAUCCACAGAAGAAGACAUUCAAAACGAUACUCGAAAUCGGUAUAACGUAAAAUAAUCGUAGUUACUAUUAAUUUUCUUUUAUUUUAACAUUUUUUCCAUAUGGCAUGAGUAUGAAUCUUCUUAUUUAU